GUGAGAGGACCAGCACUUGCAGUUUUAAUCUUUUGACAGGAUCAAGCUGAAAUCAAUACAUUUUGUAAUUUGCUAUUAUAUAAAAUAAAGUUGCAUUAAGUUAAGUUGAAACGUUAAUUGCAUAAAUCUGACGGAUUUAUUAAUGGCGACGAGGAUGGGAUUAUCCCCAUCACAUUAAAAUUCUGUUUCAACAACGCGUGACUUUGGCAAGCGACACAAAAACUACGUGCAGAUAUUGAGAGCGGCUACAAGUCAGCCAGUGAAGGUGACCCUUUUGACCGCUACACGACUUAAUUUUCGGGCAACCUUUUGACAUUCAAAGUCAAGUACGUGUACUGGGAAUUCGCACAAUCAUUCAAUUCCUCGUUGCAUCGAGUGUCAAUGCCAAUUAAGCUGGAAGAAGAAGCUGCUUUGGAACGAGAUUUGUCAAGGGAAGACUCAGCAUCCAGUUCAAGAGGAAUUUCGGAUUUACCAUCGAACUCUGCAAUGACUUCAGUAGGAACAUUAGAGCCUUUUGACAUAAGUCAUCCGGAGAAUUGGUCCACAUACUACGCUAGGUUCAAGUUGUUCCUUCAGGCCAAUCACAUACGGACAGCUGAGCGUCAAAGGGCGAUUUUUUAACACUAGCCGGUGCGCCGCUUUAUAACCUGCUGUCGUCAUUGGCAUCCCCCCAAGAAGCGCGAUCAAAUGCCAAAUGAAACCUUUGCGGAAUAUGUAGCCGCCCUGAGAAAGCUUGCGGUCGAUUGCAAUUUUGGCGGUGCUUUAGAUCGCAUGCUGAGUGACUGUUUGGUGUGCGGUUUGCGCGACGAAUCCCUUAAACGAAACCUCCUCGCGGAGUCUGACCUCCAACUGCAGAAGGUCAUAGAACGGGCUACAUGCUACAUGGUGCAAAUGCUCGAUCUCAGUGCUCUCAUAGGGAAACAAUCUGUUCUGCAUGUGGUGUCAAGGGCCAUUUGCAAGGGAACUGCCGGCCAGUCAAUGCAGGUGCGGAACAUACGAAAGCUACGGACAAAAAUCGACACCAAGGUGGUAAGUCGAAACCACAGCCGAUCAAUCAGAUUUUAAUCUCACGGAGUCGUAAGAAAUCUACCACCAUAUACAUCAACCAAAAACCAUGUAAGUUUGAAGUGGAUUUAGGUUCAGAUUAUACUAUAGUAUCUUCUAAAACAUUCGACCAAUUAAGGCAGGGGGUUAAGCCGUUGCUAUACGAGUGCGGUCUUGAGUUGAGGGAUUUUCAACAUAAUGGUGUACUUAUCAGAGGUGUGUUAGAUGUUGACAUUGAGUACAACAAACGCCUAAUCAAAGACUUACCACUUAUCAUUGUAAAUGGUAGCCAAAGCAACGUGCUGGGUUGUAAUUGGUUUGAUGCGCUGGGCAUAAGCGUGCAGGGAGUGUUGGCAAUCAAACACAUUUUAGGCAAAUUUGAGCAUCUUUUUUCAAAAGAACUUGGCAAAUUCAGAGGGGAACUAGUUUCCUUACAAGUUAAAAACAACAUCCAACCCAUUAGGCUUCCCGCACGCCGUAUUCCAAUAGCUAUUCGUAGUCUUGUUGAAACUGAACUCGAUCGUUUGUGCGCUCAAGGUAUUUUUGAACCUGUCGAAUACUCUGACUGGGCAACGCCCAUCGUCCCAGUUCUCAAAAGCGAUGGAACCAUUAGAAUUUGUGGUGACUGCAAGUCUACCGUAAAUAAGGCCAUGUUGCCACACAAUUUCCAAAUUCCAUCUAAAAGCUCGCUUAUCUCUUCAAUAGAACGGGGAAAGAUCUUUGCUAAAUUCGAUCUCGCACAAGCGUACCAACAACUUGCCGUUGACGAACACUCUGCCAUGUUGCAAACCGUUGUGACACACAAAGGCGCAUUUAAAGUAAACCGUCUUCAAUUUGGCAUUUCGUCAGCUCCGGGAAUUUUUCAGAAUUUUAUUGACGUGCUCCUUCGGAAUAUUCCUUGUGUUUUACCGUAUUUCGACGAUGUAGUUGUAGUGAUACACAUUACUUGUUAAACACUUGUUCUUAAAAUACUUUGAAUUAUGAAAAUAUCUUGUUACAUUUAUUUAUGUACGAUCAAUUUUGAGUUGAAAAUUUUUA